AUGACCACAAUACCAACCGAAGAAGAAUUACUAGCCUCCUACCCAAAUAACAGUCCUCCUAAUGCCCUUCCUGGUACCCCAGGCAACCUUACAAGCGAUCAGGAAGCCGCUAUGCACGAAUUGAGAAGAUUGCUAGUUGACGCCGGGUAUACAAAGCGUCUCGAUGAUGCAAGCAUGCUACGUUUUUUGAGAGCAAGGAAGUUCGACAUUGCGGCCGCUAAGCUAAUGUAUGAAAACUGUGAGAAAUGGAGGGCAGAGUUUGGAGUUGACACCAUAUUCGAAGAUUUCCACUAUGAAGAAAAGCCAUUGGUCGCUAAAUUCUACCCCCAAUACUACCAUAAGACUGACAUUGAUGGCAGACCCGUCUAUAUUGAGGAAUUAGGAAACUUAAAUCUGAAUGAAAUGUACACUAUCACCACGCAGGAACGCAUGUUGAAAAACCUUGUCUGGGAAUACGAAUCUUUUGUCCGCUACAGAGCCCCUGCCUCCUCCAGGCAAGCAGGCUAUCUAGUUGAAACUUCCUGCACAAUCAUGGACUUGAAGGGCAUUUCCAUUUCCUCAGCUGCGCAAGUCUUGAGCUACGUAAGAGAAGCGUCCAAUAUCGGCCAAAACUACUACCCCGAAAGAAUGGGUAAAUUCUUCCUUAUCAAUGCGCCAUUCGGCUUUUCGACUGCAUUCAGGUUGUUUAAGCCUUUCCUAGACCCCGUUACAGUGUCGAAGAUCUUCAUUCUAGGCUCCUCCUACCAGAAGGAUCUUUUGAAACAAAUCCCUGCAGAAAACUUACCUACAAAGUUCGGAGGAAAGUCUGAAGUUAGCGAGGAAGAAGGCGGGCUAUACCUAUCAGACGUCGGUCCUUGGAGAGACCCUAGAUUUAUCGGCCCAGAAGGCGAAGCUCCAAAGGCCUUUACUAUACAUUCUGCGUCUACUUGA